UAUCUAAAGUUGUUUCUGAUAAUAAAAAUUUUAAUGGUAAAGGAAAUGAUUUAGAAAUGAUGGAUGAUAAAAUUAGCAAGAUUAAUGAAAUUGCAGAAUGGAAUCAAGUUGAAAUUAGCAAUAAAUCUAACAAUGAUCCAAUUAAACUUUUUACUGUUGAAGUUAAGGAUUUGGUCACAACUGAAGAAGUUAUGAUGUUGGGUGAAUUAUCAAUGGAUGAUUAA